AGAGAGAGAGAGAGAGAGAGAGAGAGAGAGAGAGAGAGAGAGAGAGGCUGCAGAUAUAAAAUCACCAGACUGCCUUUCAGCCUCAGAGAGGAUCCUUCUUUUACUCCGAGUCACCAUGAAACCCAGACCCGGACCCCACAGAGGAAAACGCUCCUCAGGACCCAUCGAUUUAUUGUUUUUUCUCUUGCAGCGGCGGAUUUUAUUACAGAGACACAUAAGCUCCUAAAAUACUGAAAGAGUUUUACAGAAGUGCCUGUUUGGAGUAACUCUGGUUCAGCUGGACUGAGAAAAACAUCUGGUCUCACUGCUUUUUAGUGAUGAACUCCAGGACCUCUGGCACAAAGAGAUGUUAGCCGUGAGUCACUUCAACUCCUCUGCCUCCCCGUUCCUCCCCCGGCUGGUCGAUGGCAGAGGAGGCCUGCUGGAGACCAUGGUGACAGCUGUGGGGCAGCUGCAGCAGAAAAACCUCACCUCGGCUCAGAAUCAGACCGUCGGCACCAUCYUUGUGGUGCUGUCCAUGUCGCUGGGCAUCUUCUCCAACAUCGUGGCUCUGUUCAUCCUGGUCAACGCCUACUCCCAUCAGCGCAGGCGCUCCAAGGCUACGUUCCUCCUGUUUGCCACGUCUCUGGUGAUCACAGACUUCUUUGGCCAUGUGAUCCCCGGUGCCAUGGUUCUGAGGCUCUACCUCAUUGGAGGCGUGAGCCCGGAGGACUCCGGCUCCUCCGAUGGCAUGUGCCAGUUCUUGGGGGGCAGCAUGGUGUUCUUUGGCCUCUGCCCUCUCUUCAUGGGCUGCGCCAUGGCGGCAGAGCGAUGCCUGGGCGUCACCAAACCGCUGCUGCACUCCUCCCUCGUCACCAAAACACGGACCAAGCUGUGCCUGUCCACGGUCUGGCUGGCGGCGCUGGGCGUGGCCCUGCUGCCCUGCCUCCAGCUCGGCUCCUACACCUACCAGGAGCCCAGGACCUGGUGUUUCAUCAACGUGCUCAACAACACCAAGGAGCUGGACGUGGCCUUCGUGGCGCUGUUCUCCGGGCUCGGGCUGGCCUCGCUGGCRGUGGCGCUGGUGUGCAACACGGUCAGCGGACUGACGCUGGUGCUGGCCCGMAUCAGGAGGCAGCCCGGCUCCCAUCACUCAGCCAGGUCUCACGACAUAGAGAUGGUGGCGCAGUUGGUUGGCAUCAUGGUCACCUCGUGUAUCUGCUGGAGCCCUUUACUGAUCUUUGCCCUGAUAUCAGUGAGAAGACCCACAGGUGCAAACCAGUCAGACUACGAGACCCUGAUGCACAUGGGGGUGAGGCUGGCCACGUGGAACCAGAUCCUCGACCCCUGGGUCUACAUCUUGCUGCGUCGCACCGUGCUCCGCAAAAUCUACCUCAUCGUGAAGUGCCAGGCGAGCAUGAGMGGGGGCAUGAUAGGCCGCUGGGAGAAGAGCUCCUUCCCCAGCCUGGACCAGAAGGAAGUCAGUCAGGUGUGAGCAGAGAGAGACGGACUCUGUGGAUGUGUUUGUUACCAGGUUCUUGAACYCACGAAGAACUCGUUAGGACUCGAAAGAGAGACGUGGAUAAAAGGAUCACACUCUGAAGCUGUGGUGAUGCAGAUGUUUUAGAUCGUUCAUCAUUGAUUCACUCUGUCACCUUCAUGAUUUACCGACAUUACUGCCUGACCUGUCUAAUGGAAGCUAACUUUGAUUUUGCACAGUUAUACAUGCUCUGUUGUUCACUUGCAAUAAGUGAACAUUCCUUAUUAUUAUAAUCACUUUAUGAAAAGAUUGAAAAAAAAACACAUCUGAAUGUACUCUUGAAUUUUGGCCGAAAAGACAUUUAUGAAAGGACUGAGAGUUUAAAUUUCACCAGCCUUAAUUGUAAGAUUGUGUGUCGUCAGCUGAGGUCGUCAUGUUUUGCUCAAGCUAAAUAUUCUGUUGAAUGUAAUUUAUUAAAGAAUGUAAAUGUGUUUAAAUACAGGGGAUAUGAUCUCUGUUUGUAAAUUGGUUUGUGUGUUUACAUCUGUGUUUUAUUGUUCAGAUUUUAUAAGUCAAUACUUGAAGGUAGCCCUCUGCGAGCUGAGGGUGUGUAACUGAAUGUAAAUAAAAUGUGCUUUAAAAGUCUUGUGUUUUCUCUUUGCUGUUUUUGAAUCAGGAGAUACUUCAGGGGUUUAAACCUUUCAGUAAAACAU